CAGGUGAUAGGAAGAGUUGCAGCCGACCAGGGCCAAUGGCAAAAGUUCACAUGGGUCAACAACCGCCGCCUCAACAGCUCAAAUGUUUUACGUCCAUACGAGAUCAACAACGAAGGUUCUGUUUGCAAUAUUCUGCCAACGUAAUUGUUGCUUUGCUUCCGCGCUCUGGUGGCUAUCGUAUCUCGGCUGCUCCUUGUGCGAGACAAAUCACCUCUCUUGGGCGUUGACGUCCCUAUCAGCACUGGCACGAGUCAUUCCAUAGUUCUGAAUAGACUUUUGUCAUGCUCUAUCAAGAUUGACAUUCCCUUCUUUGUCACAGAAGGCCUCCACGCGCGCAGUGGAGGAGUGAUAAGCACUACCCUGUAUAUCAG